GAUUCGGCUACUUCUCGAUCAGAUCAGACCAGCAACGAAUAAGUGUGUGACGGUUCGAAAUUUUUAAUUCCCUUAUAUACGUUGUACUUGACGCACAUGGUGGGCAUCAAUCGAUUCCUUGUGGUUGACCGACCAAAGAAGAAAAAUAUCGACUGAGCAAAAGUGGACGUCCAUCACCGAAAUACUGAAAGGUCGCGCAUCAUUCCGAGUACAAUCGACACACCCAGCAGAAUUGUUCGCUUAAAAGGAUUCCCAAACAGCGCCAAUGAUUGAAAACGGUGGGUCGAUUACUGAAAUUGUUUUAGGUGGGGUUCAUUUGAAAAACCUAUUAACGUCGAUAUACUGGUGAGAUAUCGCAUCAGUCAUCGGUCAGUCUCCUUAGCGUCCGCUAACGUAUUUUAUCGUAAUUGUCAUGGAAGGAUUUAUGCGGAUACUUGUCUUAUUAUCAGCGUUGCAGUUCAAGUUCUGCACAUCUGAGAAUCGUUUCGACCGUCACAAACAUCUCAAAGUUGAAUUCGUUCAUCAAUUGGCUGAUAAGGGUCGAUUUCAAUGGAAAAGCUUGACAGUUCUCUUUACAAAAGAUGCCAUCGACGACAACAGCGAUUGGAUUUUCGACGUCAAAGUCCCUAAAGUGAUGAUCGAACUAUCGUCGAUCGACGACUCGUUCAUUUCAAUUACCCAGCAGCAGCCGACCGACGCUUAUCUGAUUCUCAUCAGCGAACAAUCAACCAAGAAGUCGACCAUCAUCAAUUCCGUCCUGAAAUUAUUCGUUUCUAAGCAACUGGACUCGACCAAAACGUGUUUGAUUUUCUCCGCCAAAAGCGCGGCUAUUUUGAAUCGGAAAAACGAUUUGGAUCUCAUCCUCGUCCAAGACACUGUCUCCUGGAACUCCAACACUGGUCUGGUUAACAAACCGAUCCUGAAAUUUGUUCGUCAUCGUUCGCUGUCUUCGAUGGAACCGGAACAACUCACCGGAUACUACGACGGCGGUAUUUUGAAAGCCGAUCAGAAACGGAUCUUGUUUGAUCGGUCGAUCAAUUACCGAAAUCGCCAGGUCAAAGUCACGACAUUCCUCUCACCUCCGACUACCAUCCGGUGCAAGGACGAAAUAAUUAACGACCAUCAGAUGUGCGGCAGGGACCCGAAUUUGAUCCGGGUCAUCGGAGAGGUUCUCCACUUCCGUCCCGUAUUCUCAUCGCCAGCCCAGCCCGGAUCCAAAUGGGGCAACAGACUGGAAAAUGGCGAAUGGACGGGACUCAUCGGCGAAGUCUCUCGUGGUGUGACCACCUUGGGAGUGGCCAACGUCUUCAUGACCGUGCACUACAUCGAACAGGUCGAAUUCAGCUAUCCCUACGACAUUUCCUGUUCGACCUUUCUGACUCCGUCGCCGGAACUCUGGCCGCAAUUGUACGCCCUCAUCAAGCCCUUUGAUCUGUCCAUCUGGCUGGCCACCGUUUUCUCCCUCGUCAUUGGCGGCCUACUCAUUCAGAUGGUGGCGUUGGUUUACCACAAAAUGUUCGGGUCACGCGACCCGUUACGCUUUUUCGGCGAGGCCAUGAUCUACAACGCCCAGAGCAUCACGGGAACCCGUUCCGGCUCCGACGAGCGAUCCUCCUGGCCCGUUCGAAUUUACACCUCCAACUGGUGGCUGUUUUGCUUCCUCCUGGGCACCGUCUACCGAACGGGAUUGAUUUCCUGGCUGGCCAGGAGUCCCAUCCUGAUGGCACCGGUCGACACCAUCGCCCAGUUGGUGCGCAGCGAUCUGACGCCGUACGGCUACAACACGUUCGUCCGGGAUUUGGCGCAAUAUUCAAUCGAUCCCGACACCAUCCAGCUGGGCGACCGGCUGAAAUUAGUCCCGCCCAAUAUGACCGCCCAGGUUCUGAUGGGCCAGGAAAAUGUCAACGCCAUUUUCGAGAACAAACAUUAUUUGAAGUACUUGUCGGUGAUGGUUGUGCCCAGCACGAUGGGCAACAUCUCCAUCAACAGCGUCGAUCCACGUCAAAGACUUCACGUCAUGCGGGAGUGUCUGCGUUCGUUCCCGGUGGCGAUUGCCAUGACGCCGGGGACUCCGUUCAAAUCGGCCAUGACUCAAAUCAUUCAUCAGUUGAACGCAGCUGGAAUUAUCGAUCAUUGGCUGGACAGCGUCGUUCACACUGAAGUCGCCUUCACGACCAAACGCUACAAGGAGAAGGAGCCGUUUUCUCUGCACAGCCUGGAAGGAGUGUUUUACCUUUUGCUGAUUUGCUAUUCGAUCGAUGUCGUUGCCUUUGUUGUCGAGCUCGUCUAUCAUCGCGUCUCGUGUCGCCGUUUUCUUGCUGGCAAUGAUGCGACAGUCGACUAAGUUACUAUCUGAAUUAUGACGUAGUCAAACAUAACAGAGGCGAUUCUCUGUGCUUAGUCUAAUAAUGUAAACUUAAUCGUCUAUUAUAAUUCGUAGAGUUGUUAUUUGUAGAACUUAUAUAGACUUGCCGUUGAAAUAUUAAAAUAGUAGGCACUUCUGAGUGUCAU